AUGGACGAGAACAAAACGGUUUUGGUUGAGAGCCUCAUAAUAUGGCUACAAACCUUCAACACCUCUUCUCCGUGCACAACAGCAGAGGAUUUGACCACCGGAGCUGCCUUAUCACAGGCUUUGCAUCAAAUAGACCCUUCCUGGUUCACUGAUGGAUGGCUUGCUCGUAUCAAAACAGAUGUGGAUGACAACUGGAGGCUGAAGCUGAACAACCUAAAGAAGAUCCUGCAAAUGGUGUUGGAGUAUUACAACGAGGUCUUGGUCCAGGGACUUUCUGACUUCCCCCUGCCUGACGUGGCCUUGGCUGCUGAGCACUCGGACCCGGUGGAGCUGGGCAGACUACUGCAGCUCGUAUUGGGCUGCGCUGUAAGAUGCGAGCGCAAGCAAGAAUACAUCCAGAUCAUCAUGACGUUGGAGGAAUCGGUGCAGCAUGUCGUCAUGGCAGCCAUUCAGGAGCUAUUACAUAGAGAGACCGUGGCCCCCUUAGGAGCAGAGCUAUCUGGAGACGUCGAACAGCAGGUCAGUAGUAUUCUCAAAAAAGCUCUGGAAGAAGUCACAUCGGAGAAGGAAGCACUCGCGCAACGCUGCCAGGAGCUUGACCAGCAGGUGGCUAUUCUCCAAGAGGAACAUAACAGCCUGCUCGCCGAGAACGACGUCCUUACUGACCGAGCCAAUCAGUUGGACACUUUUGACGACCCCAACACACCGUCGGGCAGGAAGCACAGCCAGCUGCAACAGCAGCUAGAAGUGCUGCAGGAGGAGAACUUCAGGCUGGAGGCCGCAAAGGAUGACUACAGAAUACACUGCGAAGAGCUCGAGAAGCAGCUUGUGGAAGUCCAGCACCGUAACGACGAGCUGACCGGCCUGGCGGAGGAGUCGAGGUCACUCAAAGAUGAGCUGGAUGUACUGAGGAACUGUUCAGAUCGAGUGGUGAUGCUGGAGGCUUCGGUGGAAACAUACAAACGCAAACUGGAGAACCUGGGGGACCUGAAGAGGCAGAUGAAGCUUCUAGAGGAGAACAACACCAUCUACAUGCAGAACACUGUCAGCCUGGAGGAGGAACUGCGCAAGGCCAACGCUGCACGGGCGCAGUUGGAAACAUAUAAGCGCCAGGUCCAAGAGCUUCACAUGAAGUUGUCAGAUGAAACGAGGCGAGCGGACAACCAAGACUUUGAAAUGAAGAAGCUGGAGGAGAAAUACGAAUUGGUGACAAAGGAGAAAGAGCGGAUCAUCGUGGAGAGAGACUCUCUGAAAGAAAUCAAUGAGGAGCUUCGGUGCACACAAGCGCAGCAGCACCAACUCUCCCAAGCGGGAAUGCUGCCUUCCAGAAGCCCCAGUCACGAUAACCUAGCAGCAGAACUGAUCCCGGUCGAACACAGAGAGAAGUUCAUCAGGCUUCAGCAUGAGAACAGGAUGCUUAGAGUGCAGCAGGAAGAGUUUGAGAGGGAGAAGAUCGCUUCCCUGCAGGCUCAGCUGGAGGACGCUCACAAGAGCCGUAGUCAACUGGACACGGAGAACAGAUUGAGUCGUCAACGAGUCGGAGAGCUGCAGCAGCAAGUUGAGGACCUCCAAAAGGCGCUGCAGAGUCAGGCGGUCAAGCCUGAUGACUCAAACCUGAAGCGGAAACUGGAUGCUCACAUGGUCCAACUGAAUGAGGCUCAGGACGAAAUCCUGAAGAAGAAAGAGCUACUGGAAGACCUGCAGCCAGACAACACUCAGAACUCGUUAAAGGUGGACGAGCUCAUGGCUGCCCUGAAAAAGAAGGAUGACGACAUGAGGGCCAUGGAGGAGAGGUACAAAAUGUACCUGGAGAAAGCUCGCAAUGUGAUCCGAGCACUGGACCCGAAAUUGAAUCCUGCUACCGCUGAAAUCCAGGCUUUAAGGAACCAGGUCGCUGACAGAGACAAGCAGAUCCUCAACUUGGAGCGUCAGUGCGAGCAGGCCCGGCUGCGUGAGUACGAGGAGAAACUGAUAGUCUCCGCUUGGUACAACAAGAGUCUGAACUUUCAGAAGCUGGCCAUCGAGUCGCGUCUGGGCGGCCGCGCCGGUUCCACGCUAUCCUCUGGCCAAUCCUUCUUGUCCCAGCAGCGGCAAGUGUCUAACGCCCCUCGCCGGGCACUUUCCAUUAGUGUGCCCAGCACAACUGCCAAGUAG